AUGGACGGCAGAUUCAACAACCAUCCAUUUGUCAGUGAGCAAGAAGAUCUUGAAAACUCGCCGGAAAAUAGCAGUGAUUUGACGCCUUCUGCCAUGUUUAACGACAGCAAGAUGACUUCUACCUCCUCCCCUAAAAGAAGUAGUAGGCGAGCUGUACAGAAAAGAGUGGUGUCAGUGCCAAUCAGAGACGUUGAAGGAUCGCGGCUUAAAUGCGAGACUAGUGCUCCACCGGCUGAUUCUUGGGCUUGGAGGAAAUAUGGACAGAAGCCCAUCAAAGGCUCUCCUUACCCGAGGGGUUAUUAUAGGUGCAGUAGUUCAAAGGGUUGUCCAGCAAGAAAACAAGUAGAGAGGAGUCAUGUGGAUCCCACCAUGCUGGUGGUGACAUACUCUUGUGAGCACAAUCACCCUUGGCCGGCCGCUAAAAAUAAUCAGGGCCACAACAACAACCACAACCACAAUCACAAUCAGAACCAAGACCCCUUGAGCACCACCUCCAUUGUAAUUGAAGCCACUACAACAACAAAUGAUGCACUUUUGAUUUCCGAAGGUACUCCAAUAGCUAUUGCUAAUCAAUCCAAACUCGAUCCAAGUGAAAAAUUUGUCAAUCUUGGAGAGGAAUCCCUAAUUAUCAACAGCGAAUUCGGGUGGUUUUGUGAUUUGGAUUCGACAUCCUCCACCAUGCUCGAGAGCCCAAUAUUAACCGAUGACAAACUCACUGAUGCUGACAUGACGAUGAUUUUCUCAAUGAGAGAAGAGGACGAGUCAUUGUUUGCCGAUCUCGGAGAAUUGCCGGAGUGUUCGAGGGUGUUCCAACGAGGGGUGAUGGAGAGAGAGGAGGAACGCCGGCGUUGCAGCUUAACACCAUGGUGUGGGACCACGGGGUGAGAU